GGUAGCAUAUUGUUAUGUGUGGUGGGACCAAUGCAUGCCUGCCUCGGACAAACUUUCUCGUCUUCUUCCAAUCCAAUGUUGGUUCGAGACCAUCGUCCUCUUUCUUCUCCCAACUCAACUUCUUGUCUUCUCUCUCUCUAUUCUAUGAAAUAAAUAUUAAUACUUUAUUCUUAGUUUAAUAAACAAUUAAACAUUACAUAAUCACCGAACAUCAAACUUCAAGAACCUUAAUAUAUUCCUUGGUUUGGUUGGUUGUUUGUCCUUACUACUUCUUCUCUCUCCGUCCUGGGUUGCCCUGCCCUGUCCUCCUUUCAUAAUCUUUGUUAGAUUAUAUAAUAUAUUAUUAUUAUUAUUAUUAUUUUUCCUUUUUGGGUAUCUGGGUACUCCCUUCAAACUUGCCACUUUCCACAAAAUCCUUCUUUUUCUUCUGAGUUUUUCUUUUUGGUGGUGGCCUUUGGUACAAUAAUGCAAGCUGCUCAGCCUGACAUUAAUGGAGUUGCAGAAUCAACUUCUCAGGUUGGUUAACUCAUGGCCGAUUCCCAGAAUGUGAAACCAAACGAAGCACUAGAGCCUGGACCAAGUGGGAAGCGCCCAGAUAUUUCACUUCAAAUACCCCCUAGACCUGUAGCUUUUGGCAGUAGUCGAAGCGGGAAGGGUUUGCUACAGUCUCAAGGUUCUGCUAAAGGUAGUUCUUCACCGGGAGGUUUCUUACGAGCUUUAAGUUUCAAGAAGAAAGGUGUUGUACCAGAGGGUGAGAGAAGUUCUCUUCUCAACUCAGACACAGACACCCAAAGAGCUCCUGAAAGUCCCAUCAUAGCCAACUUGAAGUCUGUAUUUUCUUGGCAACGAUGUACUUCACUUCCUGUUAGACAAGAAUCAAAAUUGUUUCCUUCUGCUGCCACACCUCUUUCAGCAAGAAUGUCUAAUGAACGGCCUAAAUCACUUAAAGAAGAAGAUAAGGCUACAGUUUCAAGGUCCCUCUCUAUUCCUGGGAGAAACAUGGUUAUAGUAAGAUCUGUAUCGUUUGCUACUCGUAAUGAGCAAAACAUACCAGAUCCUAAUGACGAUCAAAUUAGUCCAGCAACGAUGGAUGAAGAAGAGGAAGAGAUUCCUGAAGAGGAAGCAGUGUGCAGGAUUUGUCUCGAUGAAUGUGAUGAAGGGAAUACACUCAAAAUGGAAUGCAGUUGCAAGGGUGCCCUCAGGCUUGUACAUGAAGAGUGUGCAGUGAAAUGGUUUAGUUCAAGAGGAAGCAAGAAAUGUGAGGUAUGUCAGCAUGAGGUUAUGAACUUACCCGUGACAUUGCUUCGCAUGCCAAGCUCCGUUCAAAGGAGUAACAGGCGGGAGCGCACUCAACAGAAUCCAGAUUCAGAAUCAAUAAGUGCUUGGCAGGACUUGGUAAUACUCAUCUUAAUUAGCACAAUAUGCUAUUUCUUCUUCUUUGAGCAGCUACUGAUCCAUGACAUGAGAAGUCAAGCAAUUAUUGUUUCAGCUCCAUUUGCUUUUACACUAGGCAUUUUGGGAUCCCUUUUUGCAAUUAUCCUAGCAAUUAAGGAAUAUAUAUGGACAUAUGCAGCUCUUGAGUUUGCCCUUGUUGCCAUCAUAGUUCACUUAUUUUACACUCUGCUUCAUCUCAACGCUAUAUAUGCAUUAUUACUGGCUUCAAUUAUGGGUUUUGGGAUAGCAAUGGGGGUGAACUCAUUGUAUAUUAAGUAUUUUGCGUGGAGGGUUAGUUCUGGUGCAAACACUAAUCCAGCUGCUGAAAACACUAAUCCAGUUUAGGUGAAAUUCAAGCACAAUCCGAAUUAGUGGUUAUGUAGUUGAACCAUUGAUUAUGAGAAUUAUUAUACUUGUUAAUCAUGUAAGCUAUGCCGUUUUACCAAGUAAAGCUGUGAGAUUUUGUUUUACAUAUAAAUCAGAUUUAAGCUUGUACAUGAGAAACGACAAAUCAUAUAAAAGUGAAUAAUGUUAGAAAAAAGCCAUUUUCAAUC